UAGCAUAGCUCAACUGUUGAGUCUAUCGAACGGGGAGUAAGUAUUGCAUUGAUCCACACAGAGAUGCUUUGAGCACUCACUAAGGGCAGCCAUCUUCACUUAUGCACUUUUUUCACUGAGAACAUUAAUACAUCAGACCAAAAAUUUGCAAAGAAAAAUUGCAAAAAUAAAUAUAAAAUAAUACUGCAACCGAGAAAGGAAUGCCAACACUUUUGGGCAUUCGAGAUUUUCUUUGUCCCAACUUGGAUUGGCCGGCUCUUUUAGAGAAUUUAGAAUUGCUAAAUUUUCUCUUUGCCACUGAUUGCUUAUUGGUCAUACCGCUGGCAAUUGCACACGCUAGACCCUCCAUAGAGUGUAAUAGGUGUUGCACAUUGCGGUCCUCGCCUUCCCCCCCCACCUGUUGAACAGGUGCCACUAGUGAAGCGCACGCGGAUAUUCACCCUAACCUGCAAGCCUAAGGGAGAAUUGGUGAAGGCAGCGAACCUCGCUGCGAACAGCCAGCUAGAGUGGGAAUAAGGCGAUAAUCUUGCGGCAGCAAAUCUUCGCUGCAGAUUAUCAAACGGUAUUCGAUAGCGGCUCAGCGAAGGCGAUACUAGAGACGUUCAAAGGAGCGUAGAUCUUCCGGCGAGAGAUCUACGGCUCCACAAAAAAAAAACACGCCGGCACCAUCUGCAUUGGAUUGUUUUCGUUCGCAAAAUGCACUAAGAGUGCCAACAUGGUUUGCUAAAUUGAAUAAUUAAAUUGAAUUUGUAUUAGUACUUGUCAAAAAUCGACUAACUCAUUUUUCGACUUUUUGUACAGCCAACAUGGGGUUCAUAGGGAUUUGAAAGCCUGAUAACCAUAACCCUUUAUCAUCUUUAACAGCUAACAUCAACAAGCAUAUAUGCUACGACGGAUUCAUCAGUUAUCAGGCCUGCUAACAUCGAUGGAAAGUGCUCGCCAGCCACAGGACGGUACGUGCAACGCAUAGCAAAAGGCAUAGCAUUAAAAACAACUAGCACAACAACAAGUAGAAGAACAUGUAGCAUGUGGAUCAAAUAGAACGCGUAAUAGCAAGCAAACAGUGGUUGCUCUUAAUGAGGAUUGCCUGUGAGCUUGGAACUGAACUGAAUUUCAAAUUCUGGGCUGCUCUUUGGGCAAUUAAAGCGCCAGCAAGAACAACAACAAUCACAACAACAACAACAACAACAACAACAGCAAUCAUUUUUUAAUUAAAAAACAUUACGAAUUUGAAAGCAAAUUUUAAGCUUUGCAUUUGCCAAGUUUCCGAGUGAUUAAUUUCAUAAUACCAACAACGAAGCCAGCGUACAAUUGAAGCCAAUUAAGCGAGCGGGCAAAGCUGUUACUGACUGUUAACUAUAACAACAAAAACAAGAACAAGGAAAGGAGCGAGCAACAAAUGCCGUCAUGAGUUUCCUUAGCUCCAUGCAACAAUAUGUAACAAGUGGCAUAUCGAGUUUGGGGCUCGGUAAUCGUCGCUUCUCUCUGUCUCGCCAGGAGUCAAGUGAACAGCAGGCCAAUGCAGGUGGCAUGCCGCCACAACAGCUGUUGCCUCAGCAGUCGUCACAGCAGCAGCACUUGCAGCAACAACAACAGCUGGCGCCGCAACAGCAGCAACAACAUCUGACGCCGCAGCAGCAACAACAACAACAACAACAGCAGCAGCAGCAGCAGCAACAACAACAACAACAACAGCACGGACACGCACCGUUGCAACAACAGGCGAGCAUUGGCAGCGGCCUGGGGCUAAGCGGUGGCAGCGUUUAUGGCGCUCCCACACAACCAACAGCAGGUCUGACGGCAACAACAGGAGGCAGUAAUUACCCCGCCGGCGGCGUCGUAAUCGGCAAUCCGAAUGCCACUAAUCCAUUACUAGGGUAUCCGAAGGUGGCAGGUAGCAGCAGUGCAGCAGGGGGCAACCCAUCGUCCGCUGGAAGCACCCCCAUCAAUUCGCGUCGUCAAUCGAGAGCCCUGGAGUGUUUGGCGCCUCCACGUACUGGUUCAUUUCGUAGUCGGAAUUCGGCACUGCAUCAGCCAGAUCCGCCGCCGCGACCGCCGUUGGCAUUUUGCAAGCGUCGCCUCAGUUGGCCAGAGGUUGAUCCACGCUCCAACUCGGGGGUCCAGGAAACGGAUGGCUCGUAUUUUGAGAACUUUACAUCGUUGGGCUGGAAACGUGAAAAUCGUCGCAUGUCGGCAACGCGUGCGGCCGAAUCACGUGCCGAGGCUAAUCCUGAAAAUGAACGUGAUCCACCAGCGCCCGAGGAGUCCAUUGACCGCCAGGACGAAAAGGAGAAGCUCUACAUUGAGGUGUUGCACACCAUUGCCAAUACGGUCGGCGCUCCUGCGCCAGGAGGACAGUUUGCCCAUUACAAGGAUGAAAUGUAUCUGCAUGCCCAGCGCGCCUUUGGUGUCAAUCCGGAUCGUCAUUAUCGCCUGCUGCACGCCUCCGCCGAGGAUAAACCAAAGAUAAUCGUUCUGUCUGUGGUCGUCAUCGAGGCAGAUGGCCUCGAGGCGAAGGAUGCCAAUGGCUUCUCGGAUCCCUAUUGCAUGCUAGGCAUACAGCCGGACGGCGGCCCGCCCGUGUCACCGCUACCGCUGCCGCCGACUCCGCGCGCCCUUUCCGCUGAUAUGAGCGGUGGCUUUGAUAACAGUUCCACGGACUCGCCACCGCAUCGUAAGCAUAGCUUUCGUUUGAGCUUCAAGCGGCGCGAGGCUGGUCGACGGGAGCAGCGCGACUCGCUGGGCGGCCCAGUGCCGGCGAAGCUCAUCAAGGCUACAAGCAUUAAACCGCACACGCUUAGCCCCAAAUGGAAUGAAAAAUUCAAAUUCGACAUCGAUGACAUCAACACAGACACCUUCCACUUGGACAUUUGGGACCACGAUGACGAGAGCUGCGUCAUGGACGCCGUCUCGCGACUGAACGAGGUGCGUGGUGUGCGCGGACUGGGUCGCUUUUUCAAGCAGGUCUGCCAGUCGGCACGUCAGGGGUCGCAAGAUGAUUUCCUCGGCUCUGUGAAUAUACCAAUUUCGGAGAUACCCUCCACAGGACUGGAUGCCUGGUUCAAGCUGGAGGCGCGCAGUCAUCGCAGCACAGUGCAGGGUCGCAUACGGCUCAAGCUGUGGCUAUCAACGCGUGAGGAUCGUGGCAAUGCCCCAGAAGAGAACAAUGAGCAGCAGUUGCGUAAGAUCGAGCAGCUCCAAAUGGUUUUUAUGCAGCACGAGGUGACCACGCAUGAGCCAUCGUGGACCUGGUGCGGUGAUCUGCCCGGCCCGGCGCUUAGUAUACUCCAUCAGCUGGCCGUGCAGGCUGAACUCAGUGAUCUGCAGUGUGCCAUGGCGAGAUAUGUGGCGGCAGCCAGACUAAAUCGCUCGACACCGCUGGACCCAAAGUUCCUGCACCGCCUGCUGAGUGAUGUGGAGAAGCAAUGGAAUCAGCCCAAUCAAGAGGCACUCACACGCGAUCUUGAACAAUGGCUGGCAGAGGCAAUGAAUGGCUUUGUGGAGCGUUCGUUAAAUCAGAUACGUCGUCAUCGAGACAUCUUUCCAGCAUUGAAUCCACCGUCGCUCAUUCGCUUAGAAUUCCUGCUGCGAUGUCUGGGUCUACUGGGAUCGAUGCGAGCCUUUCGUGCCGUCUGCCCCUUUAACAAGGGAGUGCGCGGCGAGGUAGUCAAUGCAUUGCGCAAGGGCUCCAUCAUGUGGGGACAGAAUGUGCUGCGCGAAUCGCAGUGCUUACCCAAUCCAUUAUCGAAUUUCGUAACAACAUUAACCGCCGACAUCCAGCUGGGACAGACCUACUAUCAUGCGCUCUUCGACAACACGAAUGGCAUUCAGUACUUCAGUAUCAUCUACAAGCAGUAUGACGCCAUGGUUGGAGAAGAGGUUUACACACGCAUGGCUGCUGGCCAAGUGCCCGGCGUGCGAAUGAAUCUCUCGCAGUAUGCUGUACUCGAGGGGGAAGCGGAGCCGGUGGACACGAAGCCAUUCGAGUUGUUUCUGGCAUUGCAAGAAUUCUGCCAGCUGAAGCGUCACCUGUCUGCUCAGCCACAGCCGCCGGAGAAGCCGUUGGCGUUGAGCAACAGCCACGAAUGGUUUAUACCGACCUUUGAGCGAUGGAUGAUGAUCAGCAAAGCUAAGGCGUUGCAGCGCAUUCGUGCCGCCAUUCGCAUGGAUGCUAUUUGCGAGGGUGAGCGCAUUGUGAGGUACAGUAGCUCCUCGGUGGACACGGCCAGCACGCUACUCAACAUCAAGGAGUUCUGGAAAGUGAUCAACUGGCCCGAUGAAGAUACCGCCAUAAUGCUUGAGUCGCAGCUUAUCGAUGUCGUCUGCUCGGCGGCCAUGCACUAUUGCGAUCUCAUUCAUACAACACUGGCGGACAGCGGUUACUAUGAGCAGCAGGGUCCGUUCCGAUGCUCCGACGAUAUGUGUGUAACGGUUAAUAAUGUGGAGUAUGUGCGUCGCACACUUGCCGAGUUUCGCUCCGAUGAACAACCGUUGGAGGAGUCGGCUGACAAUCUACUGGAAUCGAGUUUAACCCACAUGGAGAAUCGCUGCGAACGCAUUCUGUCCAAGCUGGCGCCACUCAUGCAGAUGUCCCUACAGAAGGCAGUGUUCCAUUUGGCCUGGUCACCGGACUCAUUGCCUGCUAAUCAGGCGAUUGUUCCACUGCUCGAGUAUCUUGAUUGCCAUCUGGCUGCUCUGAAUAGCGCUUUGCUCACUAAGAACUUUAAUCGUUCACUGCGAUUCAUCUGGAAGACUGUACUGGGGGAAAUGUCACGGCAAAUGGAGACGGGCGAUGAGACGGACAAACCGACCCAUUUUCACAAACGUCUGUAUGAAGCACUGCAACUUCUUGUUGACUUCUUUCAUGCCGAGGGCCAAGGAUUGCUUCUAGAGUGUCUGCAUACUGAGGACUUUUGGCGAAUUGAGCAACGUCUGCAGUUCCACAAAACCGAUACAGAUCGCUUGAUUGACAUGUUCUACUUAAAUCGUUUGCGCGAGCAGCUGAUAGCUGUUAGUCCAGGGCCCUAUGGUUCUUUGGCUGUGCGCGCCUACUUCAAUCACGACUCGUUGUGCGUCGAGGUGCUGCAUGCGAGGGAUGUGGUGCCACUUGAUCCGAAUGGUUUCAGUGAUCCUUUUGUAGUUAUCGAGCUGCUACCGCGUCGCAUCUUUGUGCACUGCAUGGAACAGCAGACCAAUGUGCAUAAGCGCACGCUAAAUCCUAUUUUCGAUGAAUGCUUCGAGUUCUCUGUGACGCUGGAGCAGUGCCUCAGCGAUGGCGCCAUGAUUUGCUUCACUGUAAUGGACCACGAUGUGCUCACAGCGAAUGAUUUCGGUGGCGAGGCCUAUUUGGCACUGGGCAAUAUUCCAGGCGUCGCCGACUACAGCACCAGUGUGGAUAACUUUCAUGGGCUCAAGCAGAUUGAGCUGCCCUUGAUGCAGCAAAAGGAUAAAUGCAAUCCAAUUUUGCAAAUCCUCGAGCUGCGCAUCAAUGACAAACAGGCGCAGGACUUUGUGCGCAAACAGAAGGCCCGUUUCAUCAAUUGAUUUUAAUUCCAGGUGAGCAGCGUUUGAAGCGUUUGAAGCGUUUGAAAAACGCACCUCUCUCUAAUAUGCAAUCAAAUUGCAAAGGACUCAAACGACGAAAAAAGUGUAUAAAGUAUUUGAAAAACAAAAACACUCUGUUAUUAUUAAUAUAAUUACUACUAUCAUUUAAUAGUAGUUGUCUAAAGAAAUCCCCUUACCUCCUACCUUAGUCCUAGUCCUCCACUUUGUGUCCUUCUCUGUUUGUAAAUGUUUGCAAAUUGAAAUUCAAAUGGUGCAUAAACUAGCAAGUUAUGGAGCAUUUUAUGGGCCGAAUCGAUUUCGAUUUCGAUAUCGACAUCGAAUCGAAUCGAAUCGAAUUUAAACCGAAUUCAAAGCCCAAAUGUUCUACAAAAACGAAAGAAAUUACGAUGAAGAAAAUAUGAGAAAAUUUUAUGUUAAAUUACGAUUACUUGACAAACUCAAACACACACAUUAGGGACUAUCUAAGUAGUAGCGUAGACAUUGCUGAAAUUGCCACAAUUAAGCAUACAAAUAUCAAAUAAUUAAAUUAAUUAAUCGUAAAAUCAAAUAUAUACAUAUAUAACUUGUAGCUCUACACCAACAACUGCGAACAUUUCUAGCACCCAGCUGCGUUUUGAAGACUUUUACUAAAACAAACAUGAAUAAUAUUGAAACACACGGGAUUUGUAUUCAUCUUCGGUUAAUCGAAGGACAAUAAAUGCUUGCAAAGGUCUUUUCAAAUUUACAGUCUGCCAUUUUAGUACACAAAAUAUGGAAACAAUUGGAGGCAUAGAUUUUUUAGAAUUCCAUUAAUAUUUGAGUUUGAGCGCGAAAUUUGUCUGAUAUCUCAAAAAACAAAUUCAGUUUUCAUUUUGUUUGAAUUAUAUAAAAAAGUACGACUACUCCUACAUCAGAAAGAUUUGCUCAUUCAAUGAAAAUACCAAUUUAAAACAGUUCAAAAAUCCGUUUAGUCUUUUGCAAGUGUUUUGAAAUAAAAAUAAAAAUAUACACAACAUUUUUUAAGUCAAUUUAAGAUACAAACGAUAAAGGAACAUCAGCAACAUUAAAAGACAUCAAGCUAUUGAAAUUUUUUCAUGAAAUAUCAGCGAAAUUAAUGAAUCCUUAAAACAAUCAAAAUAUGCGUAAUUCCGAGCUUCUUAUAAAAAAAAAACCUUUACAUACACACACACAUAUAUUUCUGACAUAGACACAAGUAUACAAAGAUUAUAAGUACUAUAUCACGCCCAAAGGACAGUGUAACUAUAUCUAAAAAAUAUUUGUAACUAUUUUCUGAGCACAGAUUUUAUAUAAAUUUAUUCAACACACGCUUGCACACACAAACACAAAGACAAACACAAUACAUCUUAAACACACACAUGCGCAUACACUGUGCACAGCCUUAAGCCUUCAGCUGUUUUGCUUUUUACGCACUUAACUCGAGGCUUCUAUAAAAACAAAAACAAAAACGAAAUUGUUUAAAUUCCCUAUAAGAUAAAAAAUAAUUUUCCGAUUUGAAACAGAAGUUUGGUAGCUUCGAUUGUAAAUUUUGUACUAUAUACAAUGGUCUCUAUGACAAACGUAUGUUAUAUAUGAAUAUGAGUAUAUGAUGAUGAUAAUGUGGCUAGUAAGGUUCGUUAAUUGUUAACUGUAAUUCUUAACUGUAGUUUACAGUAGUAGAACGACUUUUUUAUAUACCUUUCGCAAGGCAUCUGAGAACAAUUUAUAAAUGUGUGGCGCAAAAAACAUAUAGAACUAUAACUAAUAAAUUGCACAUCAACAAAAUCCAAGUCAAAUUACAUAGAAAAAUACAAAUAUUUUUAAUAUUUACACAAAACGAUGCGCUACAAUUUGAUUAACAUAAAUAGUAUUACAUAUGUAUACUAUAUACACAUUAUAUAUAUAUGUAUAUAUAAGUACACAUACAUACAUAUAUACGCAUAUACCUAGCAUGUAAGACAACUAUUUUUUGGAUAAACUUGGCACCAACUUUUGCUAUCAACAUUUGUCUAUAUACAAAUUUAUUAUUCAGUUGAAGCUACACAUCGACAACUAGUCGCAACCCUGCAACAUCGAAGUCUAGUUCAAGCUCUCUGAAGCUAAAUAUUGGUAAUAAAAAAAGGUUUUGAUAUGUGAUACCCUGACUUUUGAUCGAAAGCUGCAACUCAUUUCACUUUCCGAGCACAUUUUUGAGUUCUCUUUACUGACACUUAUUUUCAAGACACUAUCUUCAAACUGCUCUCUUCCAGUCUAAAGUGACAGACACUUAAUUAAGUGAAUAUUAUAAUAAUAGCAUAGACAACUAUUUGAUGUACUAAGCGUAGCCUGAAGCGAAUCUACUAUAAUGAUGAUACAUGUGUGUACCUAUGUACCUAUAAUUUCCUAAAAAUAGCAAAUAACGAAUUCGAACUUAAAAUCAAAACAGAUUAUGCAUGAUAAAUGUACCGAGUGCUAUGCUAGAUACAAAAAUUCAAUAAAUAAACAAAUAUUACACGAGCUAAAAAGUUCAAAUACAACUAUACAUGAAAUGAAAUGCAAGUUGGCCAAACCAAGAGACCAAAGGCAUUUAAAAAACAACAAGAAACCCGAAUAAAACAGAAACAGAAACAGAAUAAUAUAGGCCAAAAUUGAAAAACAAAGACAGAACGUUAUGAAUAUAGAAAUAAUUGAUAAUUGUUAAACUAUACAUAUGUAUAUGCUGGUUACAAGAAUGCAACAAAUUAACCUACAAUGAGCCCUCCUACGAUACUUAUACAUAUAUAUACAACAAACAUAUGAAUGCUAUAUACGAGCAACAACAACAACAACAACAACUAUAAACUAUGAGAUAACUAUUUUUGAUUAUUCAUGGUUUGUAACAUACAUACAUAACAUACAUAUUAUUAAACACCUACCUAAGCAGGGCAUUUAUACAAACUUUACACACACACGAAACACACACCAAAGAAAAAUGAGCAUUAAUUGUAAACAAGAGGUUUGUUCCAAGUUCCGAUCUUACCGAAUGCGAAUGCGAACAGAACCGUUAAUGCUGAACGUUUUACGUUCUUCUAUGUUUUAAUUGUAAGCCAAAAACAAGAGACAAAAGCAACCGUUUACCGCCGAAACUUGCUAACCGAUAAAUAAGUUUAUACAAAACACGAUUAUUAUUUUAAAUGUGUGCUUUACGUAAUACAAAUGACGAGCCACGUUCAGGUUCCUAACAAACUCCAAUACAAAUGGUUAAAAUCCAUAACUCUUAACUAACAGUAAGUGUGUGUGCAUCAGUUUUAAACGGAAGAACAACAAGCAUAAUCAAAGAAAACUUCAUAAGAUUCAACUAAAAUACAUGUAUUAAAUGUAUGUGCAAACAAAAA